AUGAAGAACAGCGACUUCUUCAAGCAAUUUGACACGGAUGGCGACGGCUACAUUUCCUUCACAGAAUACCUGAUGAUUGUCACUUUCCUUGCAAUUCCCUUGGAGGAUGUUGAGAUCAUAUUUUCCAUGUUUGAUGACGAUGACAGUGGAGCGAUUUCUCUGCAAGAGUUCAGGAGAGUAACCACUGCUCUGAGAUUACGGUUGAGGCGGGUCAGCCACCUACAACGCACUGGACUGCAGACAGACACAGGGGAUGAGACACAAGGGUUGCUGGUGACCUUCUUUGGGAAGAAGGGGCAGGAUCAGCUGGACCUGAAGCAUUUUGCAGCGUUCUGCACAGAGUUGCACGCAGAGCUUGUAAGGCUGGAGUUUCUCCAUUAUGACAUCAAGGGACAGGGUUACAUAUCUGGGACGAGCUUUGCCCACAGCCUGGUCUCUCAUUGCAACAUGCGGAAUGUGGACCACUUCCUGAGCAGAAUUGACAAUUUACCUGAUAAGAUCAAGGCCUUGAAGGUGACAUGGGCAGAGUUCCAGCAGUUUGCACAACUGCGACAAAAUGUGCACAAACUGGCGGUUGCCCUGGAUUUCUUCUACUCCACAACGGACCGGAUAGGCCGCGCCGAUUUCCAACGCGCUGUGGCCAAGAUCCUGGGAGACACACUUGCUGAGGACUUGGUGGACGUCAUCUUUGCUAUCUAUGAUCCCAAAGAGCAGGAUAAUUUGGCCUACAAGGAAUUGCUGUAUGCCCUGGAGAAGAGAGAAGGCAACAUGAUAUAUGCCAAACAGAUGCUGGAUUUGAAUUCUGACACAGAGGUGCAAAGUGUCUUCAGUCGCCUCAGAAGCUCUUUUAUGCCACAAUAA